UUUAAUAAAAUCAGCAAUUAAUGAUAAAUACUUCUAAUUGAAAGAUCAAAGAUUAGUUUCUGUUCAUGGUACUUUAGCAGCAAUCUCUACUGUCCCCGUCUUCACGCUCGCUACGUAGCUCCAACCGUAAUCGGCCAUGGCCCUUCCUCUCGGCAAGUUAACUAUCCUCGUAGGCGCAGGAAUUGUUGGCUCGAUUCUUGCGAAAGAAGGAGGUAUGUCAAGUGUUUCUGAUUUUGUCUCUGGUGCUUUCAAGAUUGCUUAUCGGCAACUUAAGAAUGAUGAUUCUACUUCGUCCGUUAAAAAGCCACGCAGUGACUAUUUGGUGGCUCAGGUUAACAGCCUUAGGCAGGAACUGCAGAUCUUGGCAUCAAACCGACCAAUUACAAUUGUUACUGGGCGUGGAACAGGUGCCAGUAAAUACAGUAUAAUCAUUGUUGUUGUUGUAGUUGGAUAUGGCUAUGUUUGGUGGAAGGGUUGGAGACUUCCUGAUAUGACGUUUGCAACGAGGCGUAGUUUAUCUGAUGCACGUAAUGCCAUAGCCAAGCAGCUUGAGAGUGUUUACUCGUCAAUCUCGGUUACAAGACGGCACCUAUCGUCAAGAAUUGAGGGUGUGGAUAAUCGUCUGGAUGAAAUUGCUGAUAUUACUGCUACAACACAAGAGGAGGUUACUCUGAUAAAAGAUAAAUCAAAGAUGCUCAACACCAAUGUUCAAUCUGUUCGAUAUGUAGUUCAAAAUCUGGAAAGUAAGAUUAAAAGAAUAGAAGGGAAGCAGGAUAUGACAAACGAAGGAGUAAACUGGUUGUGUGAUUAUGCCCAGACUAUGGAACAGAAUAAACCCCCUGAUCGUAUUCAGGCUUCACCGGCUAGCUCCUCCAGGCCAGCUCUUGAUGCUCCAAUGAAAGCACUGUCUAGGAGUGGAUCCUUGCCUCCUAUUGUACCAGUAGAAUCGUCAUCACCAUCUCCAUCUUCUGAUUCAAAUGGGACUCCCAAGGUAAAGAGAUCUCCAAGAAAUGCAAUCACCGGCUCUGGCCUUAAGGAAGUAGGUGAAUCAAGCAGCCUUGAUGUCGGCAGUCAGAUCCAAACUCCGGAAGACAAUACCAACUGCUCCUCAAGUUCUGGUUUCUUUGGGACAAUGUUUUCGGGUCGGACAGGUUCUUUUCCUUUCCUUGCAAGAGCUCGCAGCGCAACAAAUGCAGUGCCACAGCAGCUGGGAGGAUCAAGUGGACAACAAUAGUAGCCGGGCUGCAGGGUUUUCUUAAAGACUCUUUAGUGUCCUCCCUUUUGAGCCCGAAAGUUUUAAAAAUCCGAAAUGAUCCCAAUCCGAAUUUAUUCGAUCCGUCCAAUUGUUAGGUCUAGUAAAAGUUAAAUGGGAGUGGGUGGUGAAUAUUGCAGAGAUAAUAAGAUAGGUUUAAGUAAAUGAAUUAUUUUU